AUGCAUUACUCGAUAAAGCACGCUACAACUACCGAAGACCUUGCUCAAAUUGCAGAGCUAUUCACCGAGUAUACUGAGUCUUUGGGAGUUGAUUUGACGUUCCAAAACUUCAAAGUAGAACUGGAGUCGCUUCCAGGCAAAUAUGUCGCACCUGGAGGCUGUCUCCUUCUGGCAUCCUCGGAUGACUCCGUUCCCGUCCCGCUAGGGUGUGUAGCUCUGAGACCUUUGGGCGAUGGAUUUUGCGAGAUGAAACGGCUCUAUGUGAGAACGAAUGCACGUGGACUGAAGCUGGGGUUAGCCCUAAUGAAUGAAGCUGAACGUGAGGCUAUUGCUGCCGGGUACAUUGGAGUUAGACUGGAUACCUUAAGCACGCUUGUCGCGGCACUGUCUAUGUAUAGAAGUCACGGGUUUGCCGAGAUUGAAAGCUAUUACGAAACUCCUCUUGAGAAUACUGUGUUCUUCGAGAAACGAUUCGAUAGGGACUGA